AUGGCGGAGAUUGAAGAUAAGAUGGGUGAUCUACCUCCUUCCUCCGGAGUUUUGGUGGAUUCGGCUGUCGCCGUAAAAUCUGAAGUUCAACCUGCACAAAAUCCAGAUCAGACCGAGAAAGUUCUAGGAUCGAAACGACCAUACCCGGACGACGAUGGCCAUGAGAAAGCCGAGAACGAUGCCAAUUGCAAGCGCCACAAGUUAGAGAAUGGUGCAGAACCAGAUGUGCUUGCUCCUGCACCUUCGUUGACAUCCGAUCCCGCUUCCUAUCCUACUUCCGUUAUCACUACCACCACCACUGCCGCUCCCGUCCCUACGCUAUCCAAGAAUCAGCUGCGAAAACUAAGACGACGAGAUCUUUGGGUAGAAAAGAAGAAGGACAAGCGGUUAAUACGAAAUCAGAAGCGCAAAGAAAAACAAGAGCAAAAGCGCAUUGAGAAGGAAGCAGAGAUUGCCGCUGCCGCUCGACAGCCCAAGCCAACCCAAGUUCAAGCACCUGUGACUGUCAUUCUCGAUUGUCAAUUCGAAAAAUACAUGAUGGAGAAGGAGUUGGUAUCGCUAUCAAACCAGGUCACACGCUGCUAUUCCGACAACAGAAACUCCCGAUAUCCCGUCCACAUGUUCGUGAGCUCUUACGGAGGCCACAUGAAGGAAAGAAACGAGACCAUCUUGCAAAAUCAAUUCAAGAAUUGGAAGAAUGUCCAUUUCGUAGAAGGCGAUUUUCUUGAUGCAGCUACUCGGGCCAAGGAAUUAAUGGGAACUCCUAAGGAGGGCCAAGCUAUCGAGGCCCUCGCGCAAGGCAAAGAGGGCGAUGCCAUUUCGCUGGUCGUGCCCGAUCAUGACGGCAAGAAGAAGCAAAAGUCUGCACCUGUUCCGGAACCCGAAGUGUCCGACGUAGAUAAAUCUAUUGUCUACUUGACCGCCGAUUCGCCAUAUACCAUUGAUCGCCUCGAACCUGGCGUGUCUUAUGUCAUCGGCGGUAUUAUAGAUAAAAAUCGCGAGAAAGGUUUAUGCUACAAAAUCGCACGGGAGAAGAAAGUCCGCACGGCAAAGCUUCCUAUCGGCGAGUUCAUGGUGAUGCAAAGCCGCCACGUCCUAGCCACGAACCACGUCAUGGAGAUCAUGCUCCAAUGGUUAGAAACGGGUGACUGGGGAAAGGCCUUCAUGAAGGUAAUUCCUACGAGAAAAGGCGGGAAGCUAAAGGAGGAUGGGGGUAAGUCUGAAGUAGGGCAAGCAAAUCCUGAAGUAACCACACCGGAAGAUCAGUCGACGAACAACGCGGUUACAACCGAAGACGUCGACGUGACCUCUCCGCAAUCGAAUGAACCUAGAAACCCUACAACUCAAGAACCUGACGGUCCAGCCCAGACAGAGGGCGAGGGAUUGGAUGGUUUCAACAAGGAGGCUGAGAAGAUUUCAUCCGAUCAGCAACCAUGGUCAGUGCCGCCAGUCCAGCAAGCAAGAAAAGAAACACUUGCUGGCAACACUCCAACUAACCAAGAUAGAUCUCUCACAUCCUACUUCACAGAAGACCGAACGAGACUACGAGAGCCUAUCAUGUACACGGCAUGGAAUGCAUGA